AUGUCCGUCACCACCAAAGCCACCAUCGCCUCCUUCGGCGGCAAGCUCCUCAAGCUCAGCCAUGCCGCCACCUCCACCAAGUGCGAGAUGUCCUUCAACCUCUACCUGCCGCCGCAGGCUUUUCAAAACACCUCCCAAAAGAUCCCCGUGCUGCUGUACCUGUCCGGUCUGACCUGCACGGCGGACAAUUGCUCCGAGAAGGGAUUCUUCCAGCACGGCGCCAGCAAGAAGGGCAUUGCCGUGCUGUAUCCCGAUACCAGCCCUCGCGGCCUCAACCUCGCCGGCGAAAACGACGCCUGGGACUUCGGCACGGGCGCCGGCUUCUACGUCGACGCCACCAAGGCCCCCUACGACGCCGGCUACAACAUGUACACCUACAUCACUGAGGAGCUGCCCGCCGUGGUGUUCCAGGCGUUCCCGGUGUUGGAUGCGGACCGCUUCCUCCGCAACCCCGGCAAAUACAAAUCCGUGUCGGCGUUCGCGCCCAUCUCGAACCCCAUCAACUGCCCCUGGGGCCAGAAGGCAUUUGGGGGAUACUUUGGCGAGGAGCUGCGCGACACCAAGUGGAAGGAGCAUGAUGCGACGGAGUUGGUGAGGAGGUGGAAGGGUGGGCCGCUGGAUGUGUUGAUUGAUGUUGGUACCGGCGACAACUUCUACAAGCAAGGUCAAUUGCUGCCCGAGAACCUGGAGAAGGCCGCCCGGGAGGCCGGCGUCGAGGGCAUCAAGGUCCGCUACCAGCCGGAUUACGAUCACAGUUAUUACACGAUGGCGACGUUCUCGGAUGAUCAUGUCGAGCAUGCGGCCAAGUAUCUGUUUGCUUAG